AGCUGCAGUAGUGAAGCUGUCACUGAGCAAUGUGAGGAGGAAAAGACUCAUUAUUGAUUUCUGAACUGUUUUUCGGGUGUUUUAACGUUUCGACGUGACAUUAAACUCUGAAACUGGUUCAACUUUAUCUCAGGGGGCCCAGUGAGGCUGCAGGUAGCCGCUGAUGAUGGUGAAGGUGUUUCGCAGUCCGGCUCGCCAUGGUUACGCUGUGGAGGCGUCUCCGUUCAUCCCCAACAGAGUGGCCUGCACUGCCUCUCAGUACUAUGGAAUAGCAGGUUGUGGCACACUUCUGAUCCUGGAUGAGACGGAAACAGGGAUUUCUCUCGUGAGGAGUUGGGAGUGGGGUGACGGUUUGUUCGACGUGACGUGGAGCGAAGCCAACGAGCAUGUCUUGGUCGCCGGGGGCGGAGAUGGCAGCCUGCAGCUGUGGGACACAGCCAAUCACAGCGCUCCGCUGAGGGUGGCCAAGGAACACACACAAGAGGUGUACGCUGUAGACUGGAGUCAAACCAGAGGAGAGAACCUCAUCGUCUCUGGAUCGUGGGAUCAGACGGCUAAAGUGUGGGAUCCUGCUCUCAGCCAAUCAUUGAUCACGCUCCGAGGUCAUGAAGGGGUCAUCUACAGCACCAUUUGGUCGCCUCACAUCCCAGGAUGCUUUGCUUCAGCCUCAGGUGACGGGACGCUCAGAGUUUGGGACGUAAAGAGCGCCAUGUGUCGAUUGGCCAUCCCAGCACACAAGACUGAGAUCCUCAGCUGUGAUUGGUGCAAAUAUGACCAGAACAUUGUGGCCACAGGCUCGGUAGACUGCAGUGUGUGUGUGUGGGACCUGAGGAACGUCCGACAGCCUGUCAAUCAACUGCUAGGCCACACCUACGCCAUCCGCAGAGUCAAGUUUUCUCCGUUCAGUAACACGGUGUUGGCGUCCUGCUCGUACGACUUCACUGUCAGGUUCUGGGAUUACAGCAGGAACCAACCUCUUCUAGACACUGUGGAGCAUCACUCAGAGUUCGUCUGUGGGUUAGACUUCAGCCUGCAUAUCCCCAACCAGGUGGUCGACUGUUCCUGGGACGAGAUGGUGAAGAUCUACACACCUGCCUGUUUAUCAGCUGGAUCAUAACACACAGACACACACACAGAGUAACUACCAUAGUCUUUUGGACCUUGAUUGAUUUCCAUUUAUUGUCCUGGAGACUUAUUUUACCCCAGUGAGUUUUUUCCUGUCCUGUCAGGCCUUUCUUUUGUGAAUAAAGAUAUUUUAACUCCCCCAAGUUGUUACAGAGGUUUACAGAUUUUAAAGCUAGGACAAUAAGAGCGCACUCACACUAGGGCCAGUUGUUCCGUACCGUGCUGAAGCAUGAAUGUCCCCCGCUGGCCCGCACUCACAUUACCUCCAACCCAAGUGUACUCAAGCACGGUUGCCUCCGACACAUACGUUAUGCAAAAACAUUUAGACAGUUUACUCUCAUAAAACAUGCACAAGUGUGUGUUCGCGUGCUGUACGCAGGUAAAACACAACACAGCCAAUCAAUUAACACAACGCACUAUGAUUAAAAAGUGCAAGCUUGUUCUUCUGAGUCAUGCCUGUGUAGUAUGCAGAGGUGGCUAAAGUACUACAGAUACUUGUGUAAAAAAGACUCAGACGUACUGAUUCAACUCUUUACUCCAGUAAAAGUAAGAAAGUAGCCAAAUAAUCCGGACUUUAGGGGGCAAACAUGCUUGGGCAUGGUACGAUUGCCUAGUGUGAGUGCACCCUAAGAGAGUUUGGUUAUCAGAGUCAGUAUAAAAAAUGGUGGCUCGGUGCAUCUAAACAUAAAAUAAAGUCCCAACAAAGUCCAAACGAAGUCCCCACAAAGUGAAUAUGUGAGCAGAUAUUCGUCCUCAUAAUCUAAUAAAAUACAAAAAUGCAAGAACACACAGUGCCAUCAUUAUAGGCAGCAAUGUGAAACACAUACGUUUUAAAAAAAAAAAAUACCCUAUAUAAAUACUGCUUGUUUGUGUUUUAUUAUGACCCUGAUGAAGGCCAAAAGCAGAAACGCAUUAGACUUUUUUCCGUCCUCCAUGCACCUUGGAAGUAGAUGAAGUUGUGCUAGAAACCUCCUCCUCUGUUUCUAAAACAUUUCCUAUUGUGACUUUUAAUUCUGAUGAAUAACACAAGGGAAUAAAAAAUAGCUGAAAUGUAAAUACUGACAAGCAAGUGCCCUAAUUAAGUAGUACAUUUCAACGUUGUGCUGUGAUUAUGAUACAGCAGUGUUGCAGCUGUACAGUGAAUCAGUAAAGUCUCAUCUCAUCAGUUAGUUUUAAUAAAGCAGAAAAUGAGAUUUGUAAACAUCCAUAAUGUAUUUAGCUAUUAUUGAUUAUGUUGAACUACUGUGAGUGUAUCAGGUAAAUCAGGAUGUUUAACAAUGAGUGUGUGAUCCAAGAUAUCCAUGUGCUUCUAUUUCAGCUCAGUGAUAUUCAGCUAGAGUACAAAUGUCAGCUGUGACCAAUGUAAUGGCUUAAAUGUCACCAGUGUGGUUCAUGGUGAAGAUGAUGAUCUGUAUGCAGUGCCUUCAACAAAGCAGCAAAUGAAGUGAUUUAAAAAUAAAUAUUUUCAGUUAAGUAUGUAAUUUAAUUUCCUUAAUCAAUAACUGUAUAUUGUAUAUUUCUUUUUCUCAACAAAUUCCAUUAAAAUUUGCUUAUUUUCUAAAGCCCCUACUCUGUGACUCUAAGCUCCGAGCCUACUGGUUCCUACUAAAGACAUACAUUUUAAAAAUAGAAAACAAAUAAACAUUUUCAUUUUUUAAAAAGGCUCAGUAAUUUAUUAUUUAACAAC